AGUUUGUGCGGAACAAGGGACCAAAGCGCGUUCCCGUGUGUGCGGAGGAGAAGAGCAGAUUGAAAGAGGUGCAAAAGGAAACAUCUUAUAUUACAUUUUAACCAGCAAAUACUCUAAAGAAAUCCCAUAAAAAUGUCGGAGGAGAAACCUAAGGAGGGCGUCAAGACGGAGAACGACCACAUUAACCUAAAGGUAGCAGGUCAGGACGGUUCCGUGGUCCAGUUCAAAAUCAAGAGACACACCCCACUCAGCAAACUCAUGAAGGCCUACUGCGAACGACAGGGUCUCUCGAUAAGGCAGAUUAGGUUCAGGUUUGACGGACAGCCAAUCAAUGAGACAGACACACCAGCACAACUGGAGAUGGAGGAUGAAGACACCAUAGACGUUUUCCAACAGCAGACAGGUGGUCUCUGCUAAGCCCCUCAUGUUUCUGAUUUGCAUACCCACACCUCCGCCCACUGCUCCUCUCCUUCAUUCACUCUUCAGCUUCUGUGUUCAUUUGUUGUUUAAAAAAAAAAGUGUCUGUUGCGAUAAGUCUUGAUGGGUGGGAGUAGGGAUGAAUCUACCCCUUAGGCUGAUCUAAGAUAGUUUGGUCCACUUUGUAUGUGGUGUAGGGGAUUAGCUCGUCCUAGAUCUGUGGUAAGGGGUAAAUUCAGAGCUUCCUCGUCAGUGUUCUCUUGUUUUUAUUUUUAAAAAGAUGUCUGGCGCAGUUUUGCUGGGGUGGGGGGGGGUGGUUCUCCUCAAAUGUAUCUAUUGUCUUUGUCAGGAAUUAACUCUUGAAUGGUCUAUUGACAGCUCCCGGGUCUUUCCUAUGUUAAGAAUUGUGGAUCUUAAUCUAGAGACAACCCAUGUCCCCAAGGCACUUGUGUAGUGCUUUGUAUUUUUUCGAUACCUCAAAUCUACAUGAAGUGCCUAGGGGGCGGGGUGGUCUUCUAGGCUUGUUCAUGGUAUGACUUCAAGGAAGCCCGUUUGUUUUUCCAGGGUCAAAAACAAGGUUGCAUCUCCGUAGUCACGGCUCAUUUUGUCAUCCAAAGAUUCAGGAUGGGUGGGAUGCACUUCCAUCCAUUGUAUGAUGAUGAAAGACAGGUGACUCCGUCACAAAGAAGCUACUUUGACUGUUGAGAUGCAGCAUGCGUUUUUAAGGGCAGUGAAAGGGGAGUCUUCCCUGAUACCGUAUGUGGGAUCGUUUUCUUUGCUUUUUGUGGUCAGUUCUUAAAGCUACUUUGUUAGUGACUGCUUCUGGUUUUUACAUAGGGGACUGGGUUAGAGGGACAUGGGGAGGAUGGGGAUUAGUGGUAGUCACCCAUAAACACUGAUACAGGGUCAGAUUAUGGUUAAUGUUAUGGUGUUACGGGUUAUCUGACCCUAGAUCUGUGUUAUGGUAUACUUUUACCUCAAGCGUUAGAGGGAAGGGGGCGGGUCAGGAGGGUGGCUAUGUUCUGUACCCACACGUUUUGUCAUAUGGUAUUUGUUUUGUUUCUCUACUGAUUUGUACAUUAUUGUUUGGCGUCUUUUACUACUGUAAACAAUAAAUAUAGUUUGGUACUCAGG